UCAGCUGUGGCUGCCACAAUUUGUUGCACACUGUCGUUGGUCAUUUCAGAGAAAGGGGAAAGUAACAGAGAUCAAGAUCAUAUGUCGCACUUGCACACAAUACCGUUGGUCAUUUGAAAGAAGCGUAGGCUACACUCUCUUCUGUAUUUUGACCACUCGCCUUUGACUUUCCACGAGCUGACACCAGCGGAGGAGUUUUAGAGGGGAAAGCAUGAUUUUCAGAAAUUAUUGCACAUUGGCACAGAAAACUGCGCGAGUGUUCGUUUCGCAUAAACACCAACUUCCGAUUCAAAUCUGGCGAAGUCUCCGUAGGCCCUCGAGCUCAAUGGCCGUGUGCCCCGUGCUGUCGGUGCGACCUACCCGGGCACUGGUGGAUGAAAAGUUUCAGAUAGUUGUGAGAAAUUUACACCCAAAACAAGAGGUAACGCUCCAUUCCUUACAUCAAUCCGAGGAUAAAGACUACUGGGAAGCGUUUGGCCAUUAUACCAGCAACGAAAAUGGAACAGUUACAGUUAUGGAAGAUGCGAGUAGAGGUGGGACCUAUGUUGGAAUUGAACCCAUGGGCCUCCUUUGGAGCUUGCGGCCCGUUCCAGGUAGCAGAGACGGACUCAGGUUGCGAAAGAGAGACGUCUUGUCACCGAUGGUGGUGAACAUAUCUGUGCACAAAGGUCACAUGACCCAGGGGUUCUCCGAAAAGGACGCCUUGGCCACGGUUGUCACGGAGAGAUGGUACCUGGCACCAGGUGUGCAGCGCGUGGACAUCAGGGAGCAAGGAGUUACAGGCACUCUCUUCAUACCACCAGGUCCAGGGCCCUUCCCUGCAGUGCUGGACAUGUGGGGAGGGGGAGGAGGUCUGGUGGAGUACCGGGCGGCCCUCCUGGCGUCAAAUGGCUUCGUUUCCAUGGCGCUGGAAUUCCUUCCUGCGUUCGAACAGCGAGAGGUUGACGUUGAUACCGCAUACUUUGAGACAGCGUAUAAGGUCCUGCAGACCCAUCCUCAGGUGUGUCCAGAUAGAGUAGCUGUGCUUGGUCUGUCCUUUGGGACCUCUGUCACACUCACAAUGGCAGCGUACUCUAAAGUCGCACAGCCCCGGUGUUGCGUGUGCAUUAGUGGAAGCCAUGUUCACCCUGUUAACAAGUCUUUGUUUGAGGCCUUCCAGUACAUCAUGAAGAAAAUGGCAAAGGCACGUAUUGAUGAGAACAAUCAUGUGAUCUGGAGAGAUGUCAUCCUACCCAUUCCUACUGAGCCAGACCUUAAAGUGGAUGUGGGCCGGAUAAAUUGUCCUCUUCUGAUUGUGAUUGGUCAGGAUGAUCAGAACUGGGCUACGGUGGAAUCCACUGAGGACAUAGAGCAGAUGAUGGAGCGGGCGGGGAAUCGCCACCUCCUGACGGUGUUGUCAUAUCCAGGCGCAGGUCACCUGAUUGAGCCGCCAUACACACCUCACAUCCGCUACAGCAAUUUCGUCACACAAUUCAAGAGGAUGAAAAUGCUGAUGCUGUGGGGGGGUCAGACGAAGCCUCAUGCACACGCCCAGGAGGACUCAUGGGAGAAGAUCCUCCUCUUCCUCCAGAAACACCUUUACCAGGACUCACCACCAGCAGCCAAACUCUGAUACUACACACACAGAGACAUAACACACACACCUCAUAGCAGAAGAAAUUUAGCUAAAUCAAUGUAUAAGCCACGGCUAAUAGUCGGGAAAUACGGUACUGUUUUUUUUGUUUGUUUGUUUAAAUACGCGGCCUGAUGUCCUGCUUGUGUCCACUAUGUGGACUAUGAUAAUGGACAAGAGCGCCAACAAUAGAAGCGUCUCCAUUCAACCUCCAGUGUGCUGUGUAAAGUGCCUUAAAACACACCACCUGUUGUUCACUGGGACCUCUGGCCUCUAAUUCUCAUUCCCCCUACCCCUCCUUUUAUACCUUGGGUAUAUUAGAAUAUGAAAUCCUGAUUUGAAACACUUAAAAUUUGCAUAAAGAUUGACAAAUAUGUAUUGA